CAUUAGGGGUGACAAAACAAAACAUUUAACAAAAAUUCAAUGAUAAGGUGUUCUAUAAAAACCCGAUGACACAUUCUCCUGAGCACAGUGAUUGGUAUUUGGAGUAUAAUUCAAGAUGUUUAAAAUAAUAAUUACAAUUUGUUUGUUUUCAUUGGUCUUUGCCGAACGUCCCGAUUGGUAUCCGGAAAAUCCCCAAGAAAUCGAAGCGGAGUGUAUGAAAAAGUAUAACGUUGAUGCCGAAACGAUUGCCAAAAUUCGUGCCUUCCAACUUGAGGAUACACCCACAGUUCGGUCCGUGUUGUUUUGCAGUGCUGUUGGUAAAAAUGUCUAUCGGCCCGAAAGUGGUUUUGAUCCAGAACGUUUUGCUGUUGGUCUAAAGUAUGGACUGAAUGUUGAUUGUAAUGUCGAUUUCAUUCGUAAUUGUGCCAACAAGUACAACGAUAUUGAGUCUCAGGAGGGAAAAUAUUUCCAUUUCUUUAAAUGUGUUUUUGAUGACAUUAAGGGAAAUUGUAAGAAAAUUGAAUGAAGUUAUGGAAAUUGUUAAUUUUUUAAUUUUGAAAGCAAUA